GUCCUGGCAGUAUGCCCACCUCCAGCACUCAAGCAAACACAGCCAGGAACUUUGCUCUCUCAGAAAAAAUACACACUAUCAGGUUCUUGGGCUGCGCCGAAAGCAAGAGAGAGGCAGAAGGAAGAAAGGAUCAAGACGGGAGUAGAUGGCACAGGAGAGCAGAAGGCACCCAUACAUGGCUGCUUGCCAAGGGACAUGGCUGUAUAGGGGUGGGGAACACAGUGAUCCUGUAUAAGAAGUGCAGACUCAUUUACCAGUGGUACCAUCCAUGCAGAAAGAAGUAUCCGUAGAUUUUAGGGAACCUCCAAGUUAGCAAAAGUCCUUUCAGGGUGGGAGGGAUACUAAGGAGGGGAACCUAAAACAGUGCAAUAAGGUCUGAGUGUGCUCAGUGACUGACUUCAAGGUGGGGAGGGAUAAAAAACUGGGAGGAGGAAAACUGGAACGGUGUGUCCUGGGAAAGGGAUGGAAACCUGAAGAGGGGCAGGUCACUCCACAACAUUUUGUUGCAUGCUUGACUUACGGUAUAUUAUUUAUUUUCAUGCUCCACCAGGUGAUGGAUCACAAAACUGGGUGGGAAGGUAUGGAGCCCAUCAAGCGCGCAGAGCUGGUGGACGUUGACAGCAUCCCUUUUCUCAAAAACACGGCAGAUAACUGGCAGCGCCUUUGGGCCUUCAAAGCUCGGCCCAAUGACCUUCUCAUUUGUACCUACCCCAAAGCAGGUAAAUGGGAAGACGAGAUCUCAACAAGGGGCUUUGUCCUGGUGGUGAGGAUGCAACAACAUGCAUCUUUUACUAUAAUCUAUCUAAUAUGUAUCCAUAGUUUCCAAAGUUCACGUGAAGGGUUUCUUAUUCUUACCUCUAGGCCAGUUGUCACCCUCUGGUGUUUCAGGCUUGGAACAAGCAGAGACAAUACCUUCUCCGCGCACACUCAAAUCUCACCUCCCAGUCCAGCUGCUGUCUCCUUCCUUCUGGGAACAGAAUUGUAAGGUCAGAGCAAGUGAGGCGGGGUCAAUGAAUUUAAUCUAAAUCAAGGUCUAGUAAAAUUGUUGGCUCAGUCCCCCGCAACGUGAAACACAAAUGAGAGGAGAAGGGGCCUAUGAGCAGGUGAAGAGGCUCAAUAGUAUGGACCAGCCAGCUUUCAUUUGGGUGUUUUCAGGUGGGUUGGAGUCCUCUAUUUCCUCAAAGGGCACCAGGUGGAACAAGGUGAGUGAGUGAAAAGCUUGAUGUUCAGACUCCUGGGUUUCCUCCCUCUUUCCUGCAGAUCAUCUACGUUGCCAGGAACGCCAAGGACAACGCAGUCUCCUACUUCCAUUUCUACCACAUGAACAAGGGGAUGCCAGAGCCAGGAAACUGGGACGAGUUUCUGGAGAACUUCCUUGCAGGAAAACGUGAGUACAGGUAGCUACAGAAAUACAAAAUAGGAGGAAAGAAAGUCUGGGUCAGUCAGAGCACUCUCUGGGUCCAGGGCCAGGGUGUCAAGUUCUCACCCCCAGCAGUUUUGGAGGGAUUUGGAGCCUACCAGAGGAAUGGGGUAUCUUUUGUGAAUCUGCAAAGCUCUGUACCAUUUUUCUUCCAAGCCUGAAAUGUUAUGGGAUAUAUUUAGGGGAGAAGAGUGCAAGGCAGAUUAACAUGCAUAGGGUAGUCAUGUGGCCAAUUUUACAGAAGACAGCCCUCUGUUUGAAAGCAUCCUCUUAUCUGAAGGGCUGUCCACUCCAUCACUGUCCCUCAGCCCAACCUACCUCACAGAGUUGCUGUGAGUAUAUAAUGUUCAGGGGAGAGUCAUGUACACCAGCUUGCACUCCUUGGAGGAAAAGGUAGUGACAAUGUAAUAAAUAAGAAAUAAGCUUGGUUUCAGUGCUAUUUUUCUAGAAAAAUAGGUGCCGGAACUCACCAUGAACACCUCCCUCUUUCUCUUAGAAUAGCAAUGGCGCCCACCUGAGAGUUUCCGGAACCUACCUAAGAGGUGCCAGAACUGAGUUCCAGCAAGUUCCCCCUGAAAAAGCCCUGUUUUGUUUAAAUAUUAAGACCCAUCAAAAGAGAGAGUAGGAGGGGACUUUAGGUUGCUAUUCAACAGCUGGCACCUGGAGGGCAGACUUUGCAGGCACAUAGCAGGUCCCCUGGUCACUGCCUUCCCUAGUACAGUGAGAUACUGCUGGUCUAUCACAGUAAUAAACUGAUUGUACUUCUGUUUAAAGGAAUUAGUUCUGAUGCACAUUAGUCACCAUAUCGAAAUUUCAUGCAGAUCAGUGCCAUAUUUUCUGCUCUCUCUCUCUUUUGCAUUUGUGAUUCAGUCCCUCGUUUUGGGCAGUGUGAUCAUCCUUUCCUCCUGCUCUUCUCUUUCUUUGCAGUUGCCUGGGGCUCUUGGUUUGACCAUGUUUGUGGCUGGUGGGAGGCCAAGGACCGACACCCAAUUCUGUACCUCUUUUAUGAAGACAUGAAAGAGGUAAGCAGUUUACAUGCAUGCAUGUAUGCAUCGAGUGGGAACCAAGCAUGAGAUGGGGCAGGAAAGACACCCUUUCCUGGGGCCAAAGGAGAUUUGACCCCUUGGUUGAAAGGUUAUUGCAGGAGGAGAGAACUGCGUGUUGUGCUCUAACACUGCGAGCAAGUGGACAGUGCAUCCCAUGUUGUUCAUUCACAGUAAACCACAAUAAGCCAGGAACAAAGGUGCCCACUUUAAUAAAAUAGUUGGAGGGUGGGGCAGGUAAGCCAUGACCCACACAAUUGAUCAUAACACACACACGAUUUGAAUUAUAAUGCCCAUCAACUUGGGGGUGUGUGACUUCAAACAUUUUAUUGGGGUGGCCAAAGGGACCUUGUCACCAGGAGUUUGGUCUUAUGACCAGGAGGUCCGGUUUAUCGUCAUGUGAGAAUGUGGCCAAUGAGUCUGGUGUUGUAAGCUUGCGACUUCAGGGCCUGAAUCAAUCAAGAAGCACAAUUACAGCCCGAAUCUUCCCUGACAACAGUUUCAUUUCUUCCUUAGGAUCCGGCCCGGGAAAUCCAGAAAGUAGCUCAAUUUCUGGGCCUACAACUCCCUGAUCCAGUUGUGAACCAGAUUGUGCAGCAUACAAUGUUUGAGAACAUGAAACUAAACCCAAAGACUAACUACAGCUCCGUACCUUCUUUGGUCUUUGACCAAACUGUGUCACCCUUCAUGCGAAAAGGUGUGUUGGGGUGAGGGACAGGAACGGUGCUGAGUUCCAGCUCAUAUCAGAGGGAAUUUUUUAGAAGCACUGUAGAAGUACCCCUUCAGAAUGGUAAAGUUAAAGGUCAGUUCAUUAAUGCUGCACGUCCCUUGUGAAGAAGCUUCUAAUUAAAGUUGGAGAGGAUCUUGUUUCCCGUAGUACGAUCUUGGCCAUGCAGAUUGAUAUUGCCAGACAGUAUAGAACUAUAUUAAGUGAUGUGAGAAAACUAGUUUUUAGUCAGCGACUGCAGGAAAGUAAUGCUUCAACCGCCCUGGCAUGGAGAUGAAAUCCAAGACUGUCGUGCAGUGUGUGCUCUAGGCAGAUCAUAAUAUCUGUUUUAGGAAGACAGUGACGAUGCCUGAUAAAAAUGAGUGUUUACCCUAGGAAACUUCCCAGAAUCCUCUGCAAUCCAGUUGGGAUUCUGUGGGGAUAUGUUGAAGGAAAUGAUAGACAAAUGAUAGGAAGAGAGGGUCCCAUGUAGACAGGAAUACAUUAGAUUAGAGUAGGAGGAAAAGCAGAUAGGAAACUAAUUUUUUUCUGGAUCAUGUCUCCGACCUAUAGGCACCGUAGGAGACUGGAAGGAGCACUUCACAGUGGCACAAAGUGAGCGGUUUGAUGAUGCCUGUGAAAGGUUAUUGGGGGGCAGCAACCUGAUCUUCCGCACACAGUUAUAAGAACAUCUCCCUGCUACCAGUUGAGACUUCCUCCCUAACAUUCCUGGAGCGGACAUUUUACCUGUGUUCAAUAAAAUAAGGAAGAAACCAAAAGGAAGGAACAAGCUGAUACUAUGGGGUUCUACCCUUUGUUAUUUCUGCCCUCAGUACACCCUCUGAAUUUCGUGCACACAACUAAGUUAGGUCCACUGACUUCAGUAGGCCUACUUUGAGUAGAAGCUGGAAAUAACCUGUUAGAUUGAACCUUCUUUCAUUUGAUUCAGUUUUCUUUGCUUCCUUUAAAGUGGGGGGUUUGGGGGGAGGCUGCUUUGCCAAGCCCUGUAAGGUGGGAUCAGCUGUCUUGGCUCCUUUCUUUCUCCCUUCCAUGGCAAUUGACCAGGAAGGGAUAAAGAAAGGUGUGUUUUUCAGUCAGUCAUAAGUUUAUUAUUCUAGCCAAGUUCAUAGCAAUAUUAUACAGAACAUACAUCCAUGAUAUAAACCAACAACCAUGGUGUAAAAAGGGGGGGGAGAGAAGACUGGAUAAAUGCUAGGCAUGAAAUGACUGAAAUGGCCUCAUAGACCGAGCAGUGAUAUCAAAGAAAUGCUGCAUAGCAAAUAUAUGACCACCCAGCUUUUUAUGAGCAAUGCCCCAAAUCUUGUUGAUGUUUUCCAGACAAUUGCCACGGAACCUAGAUCCUACCUGAUACAUUUCUACAAUUACAAACAACACACAAUAACACCUUGGCUGGUUUGAGGUUGGUCAGGAAGUACAUUUCAAGGGCAAAAAAAUAUGCAAUAGAUCUAUAUUACGUGUGCAGUAUGUAGAAAACCAAGUACGCAAGCCUCAACUGAUGCUAGGACAAAAUGUCAAGUUGCUACCAUCUAUCUUGGGGGAUUAUGG